GAGCAGCCGCAGGGGCGCAGGCGCCGGCCGCGCCGCUGCCGCGGAGGCGUGGCGGGGGCCUCCGCUUCGACGCCGCCGCCCUGGACGCACUGAAGGAGAACGUCAGGAGACUAAAGGGCAAGGUCGGCAAGGAGGAGGCUUACGCCGAAGAAUGCCAGCGUCUCCGCAAGAUGCAGCAGCGGGAUUACCGAUGGAGCCAAGAGUUUGUCCAUAGAUUCUACCCGGCGCUGAUUAGAUUCGCGGCCAAGAAGAUAAAGGGGAAGUUCGAGGCCGACGGGUACAAAGUGCACACCGAGGUCGAUAGAAUGGCGGAGCAGCUGUUAGAUCGCUCCAUCGAGUUCCCUCCUUCGCCACAGUGGGUGACCGAUGUGCUGAAGAUCCUCUGGCCAGUGUUCGCACACGCACUGGAAGAAUUGACGAAGGAUUACUUCCAGCGGAUAAUACCAAUGAUUAAAUCGAAGCUCCCGAGAUUUCUGCAAGGCAUUACUGUGGAUCCUUGCGAGGUUGGUAUGAAGGCAAUCGAAUGUGAAUCGGUAGAGGUGUCAGCGCCAGGUGGAUUCGGAAAUUGGAUCGACCUCAAGAUCAAUGCCACGUGGCAAGGUGAGACGAACAUAUCAAUUAAUCUCGGUGCUGCUACGCUAGGGGUCCAAGACCUAUCUUUGAAUGCAGCAUUCUUCAUGAGCUUCCGUGGUCUGUUGCCACGGCCGCCAUUCUUUUCUGGUUUUUCAAUGUUUUUCAAUGAGCCCUUGGAUAUCAAGAUGAAGUGGAAAGGCAUGAUCCACUCGUUCGGGUCAUCCGAGCUCCUGGAGGACAUCAUAAAGAAAGUUAUACGUGAGCAAUUGGCUAAGAUCAUCGUGUUACCUGCGCGCUUUCCCAUCGAGCUCAAGUGCUCAGAGGGCGAAGCUUUCGAGCUCGCGCGCCCGAAGCCCAGAGGCCUGCUGAAGGUCACGGUCCUUGAGGCUGAGGGGUUGCAGGGCACUGAUUGGCAGUUGAGCACAAUGUGGACAGGAGAGCGCACCACUGAUCCGUAUGUGGUCGUCGCCAUGGGCUCCGACGUGUGGAAGUCUGCUACCAUUCAGGCGAAUGUGAACCCUGUGUGGGAGGAGGACAACACCCAUAUCUUCGUCAUCGACAUGCCUUCUCAGCAGCUGUUCGACUUCCACGUCUACGACGACGGCUGGGUCCAGCGGGCGCGGCAGAAGGUGGCGGCCGACGCCGAGGCGGACGAGAUCGCGAGGGCGCUGCGGAUCAGCGUGUUUAGCCUGCUGGGCCUUGGCUCGUGGACCAACCUGGAGCAGUCGGAUCUCCUCGACAAGGAGAUCGACGUGGACAGAGAGUUGAACCUCGAUUCCUGGUGGCACGACAAGCUGAGAGCAGGCCUGGGCGCGCGAUGGAAGACGAACAGGGCGAAGGAGAGCCAGAGACGGCAGUCCCAAGCCAGCUCUGACGACGACAGCCCGGAGAUGUCGCCGGUGGAAGAGGAGACCAAUUUCAGCGCAGUCAGGUUUCGCAGAGUGGCCGGCACAGGCUCGCGCCUGCAGCGCCACGAGGCCAGGGAGGAGCGCGAGGCAGCGCGGCUGAGGGCCGCCCGUGCCCGCCUGCGGGUGCGGCUGCAGUGGCGGCCCAUAGACUUCGGGGACCCACAGCCGCUGAGGCUGCCCCAAGCGAGUUUGACGCAGGGCGCCUCCCCGGCCAGCCUGGCCACGGGCUCGCCGGCCACGGCCACGGGCGCGAUCCAGAUGAACGGCGUGGACGGCACCGGCGCGGCGGCGGGCGCGGCGCUGCCCCCGUAUUCCCCGCAUGCGUCCGACGCGGUGUCGCCGAGGCCUCCCUGGCCGGCUGCGCGAGAGGAUAGCGACUUCGACGACAGCUCUUCCGAGGACGAGGAUUUGUGGCCCACGUACGUCCUGCGGGUCGGCAUCGGUCGCUUGGAGCAGGUGCAGUUCCACCCGCAGACGGAGGAGGGCAAGAGGUUUUACGCUGAGGUCAGCGCGUCGCCCGUCUUGGACUCGAAUUGCCAGAAGACCCGGGAAAUGGUGAUGGGCCAAAGCAAGUUCAUGACGAAAAAGGGCCGGGCCAGGAACGACCAGGUUCAUAAGCGGUCAGGCAUCAGGGACGAGGAGGAGAAGCUCCGCGACAAGGUCGGAAGGCUGAUGUACAGCGGGGUCCCCAAGCACAUCAUUGCAGACGUGUUGGACGUCGAGAUGGAGGCUAUCAAUUGGGAAGAUGUCUCGACGCCUGUGAGCGACUGGGACGUCAAGAUUACUCAGGCCUUCUUGUUUCUUGUAACGGACCCUGCAAAGGUGGAGGCUCGGAUCGAGCUCUUCUCCGAGAUGCCCAGGCAGAAACCGAUAUCGCUGGGCACGAACACGUUCUCCAUCUCGGGGGGCUGA